AUGAAGACACUAAUUCUCACAGUGCUAAUUUGCUUUGGUGCUUCAUAAAUGUUGAGAGGCUCACCAAAAUCCUUGAUUGAAGAAGAACAAGGUAAAUGAGAUAAUUUAGAAAAGCAAUCUUCGAAUCGGAAAAAGAGGAUUAAAGUUUUUAUGUUGGAAGAGAUGAUGUCUCAGCUGAAACCCUUUAAGGAGAAUAAAAUUAGGAGGCUGAAGCUAGUUUGGUAGUGUUUAAGAGCGAUGAUACUCCAAUGGUUUAUGUUGAGGAAUCAAUUGAUGCAAGUAUUGAAUAAAGCUUAAUUGAAGCCCAAAAAGAUGGUUUUCAGUAGUAGGAAUCCUUGUAGAUCGAGAAGAUUGAAGAUUAAGAGCAGUAAUAGUUCAACAGAUAAUAAAGAGUUCAAAACUUAUAGGAAGCAACGACUGACUCAGCAAAUUAUGUUGACAAAGCAAUAUCUUUAGACGGAGACACUGAAGCAGAAUCUGUUUAGAACUCUUCGACGGAUGUGGUUUUAAACAUUGCCCCAAAGACAGAGUCUCUUAGCAGUUCUGAGAAUUCCAAGAAGCAUGUUUACGUUUACAAUCGUAAAUGAAUGUCCAGAUAUUUCAUUUAGCUUUGGCCAAGAAACCUUUUGUUGGUAUCAAGUUCCCACCAAUGCCAGUCACCAAAGAUCGUAACUACUUAUCCAAUUCUGAUACUCUAACCAUCAAGUUGCCACCAUGGUCAGAACAAAGCAACCAUAGAGUAGAGGAUGAUUUAGAGUUCUUCCAGUUCAUUAGACGUAUUAAGCAAUAAAUUAUGUAGCAUCUGAUGUAUCAGUAAAUGAAUAUUGA